AAUAGUAAUAAUAAUAGGAGAAAAAAAAGAGUACCAAAACAUUUUAGAAGUUUAUUGUGUGUUUUUUUAGCUUUAAAAGGAACUCAAAUUACCAUUCAACUUAGAUCAAAUUGUGAAAUAUAUGGUACCAUCGAAAACGUUGAUAGACAUCUAAAUAUUGAACUUAUUGAUGCAACUAUAACAAAUAGAUUCGGAAAAGAUAAAUAUGAAUUACUUUUAGUACAAAGUAGAAAUAUAAGGUAUAUUCAUAUUCCUGAUAAAAUUGACCUUGGCCAUUUAUUAUAUAUUUAUAGUAAAACAUUAUCAGAAGUUAAAAGAAAAAACCAAAGAACAUUAAGAAAAGCACCU